AUGAGCUUCGACACUGGACGUGUAAACGUAGUGUUUGGAUUGAGUAAUUCUUUAGAGUAUCUCACCUUGCGGGCGAUCAAGCACGUGCAUUCCCGAGGAGGAGGAGGAGAUCUGACCCUAGGGGAUGGUGGUGGUGGAGACCUAUCAACCGGAGGUGGUAGCGGGGGACGCCUAUUAACCGGUGAAGGUGGCGGGGGAGGAGGAGGGUUCCUCAGCAGUGGAGGUGGCGGGGGUGGAGAAGAUGUGGGUGGUGGAGGAGGUGGUGACUUUGGUGGGGGUGGUGGCGGAGGAGGGGUGGGGGGUGGUGGUGUUGGAAGAGGUGGUGACUUGGGGGGUGGCGGUGGCGGUGGCGGUGGUGGAGGAGGCGUGUGA